AUGACUAUGAACGAGACCACUCGUAUCAUCGGCAUGCUCAGAGCUUCUGCUGCUCAUAACGCUGACCACAACAAGAUCAGCGAGCGUGAAGCGUUCUUCGCCUCAGCCAACGAAUCCGGCAAAAAGCUUAGGACUGCCGCAGCUGCGCGCAAGCCCCUCUCGGUCUUACUCCUUGAAGGCCUUGUCCACGCGACCAAGCACGGUGUGCCUUACCCCAGUAAUCCCCUGACAUACGAGUCCAAGGUCGGAAUUAAUCGCAUAAUCGUCGCUCUCAACAAAGCCAUUCCCCGUGACGCAGACAUUGUCCCUCUCAACGUUCACUCCAAGGACACUACCCAGGACCUCGCCAACGACCUUGCUAUCGAAAACAGCAAGCGCAUCUUCACCGCGCGUUCCAACAUCGAAGAACUCAAGCUCAUUAGCAGCAAUCUCGGCAUCCCCGUCACAUCUCCUACCAUGGCUGGCCGCUUCCCGGUGCUCAGCACCUCUGACCUCCCCAAGGCGUCGGCUGAAGAGCAGUCCGCUACAGCAUCACCUGCACGUGGCACCGCCAUGCUCAACAACAUCUUCAAGUCGGUGCGAGUUCCCGAGUUCCGCUUCAAGUGGAUGUUUUGGGCGGAGAAGGGUCAGCAGGCCGCACCAAAGGACAAGGUGGCUUCAGAAGAGUACCUUACUCGGCCCAAGCCGCUUGGAGACCAGAUUGUCUCCGUCAAGGAGUUCUACCAGCACUUCAAUAACAUACCGGUAGAGAACCUGAAGCUGAGAGACUCGAUACACCUCUUCCACCUGGGCGUGAAGCCGGUAUGGGAAGAUCCACGAAACACGCGCGGCGGCGCAUGGUAUUUCAAGGUCAGCAAGGACCUGGCGGCCCAGUUCUGGCACGAGAUGUGCCUGCUUGCCGUCGGUGACGUCUUGCAGGGGGCCGUCGAGACGAAGCGUGCUUCCUUCAACGACGACAUCUGCGGGAUCUCGUACAGUGUUCGCUGGAAUGCUGUACAGAUUGCCGUGUGGAACCGGGAUGCGGAGAACGAGGACGGCCGUCAGAAGCUUCUGGAGGUCAUCCUCGAGAAGCUGUCGGAAGAGCUCCGGCCGAAGAAGGAGGACAGCUAUUGGUACAAGGCGCACAAGGAGCACAAGGGUUUCAUUGAGCAGUAG